ACACACACACACACACACAGAGGACCUUGACCUUCCUCCGAUUCAGCUAGAAGACUAGAGAGUAUCGCUCUCUGUUUUUUUUUCACCAACAGCCACAAUGAAGCUCAAGCUGCUCCUGCUGCUUCUUGUCUUCCUCUGUACCUUCAUCAUACCUGCACAGUUGUCAAAACAUGAAAACCAUCCAAAGCAUGAAAAAGAGCAUAAGAAGGAGAAACCAGGAGAGAGACAUGGCAAUAAACACGGAAAGCGACGGGGGAGAGUAGAGGACCUGCUGGCCGACUACGAUAAUGAGAGCAGUGAUGAUGAGGAUGAUGAAGACAGGGGCGAAUGGCUGUUUCAACUUCAAAAUGUCAGAGGGACCUGCAGCCCAAAUCCAUGCCUCAACAACGGAGUGUGUGAAGAAAAGAAAGGCAGAUACAAGUGCAAGUGUCCCAAACCUUUUAAAGGCAGGAGAUGUGAGAAAAGUAAAAAGGCAUGCAAGAAUGACACAUGUGGAUACGGUCAGUGUGUUCUUACAUCAAGUCCACCUUUCUACGAGUGCAAGUGUAAAGCACCGUUCCUACCCCCCAACUGCAAAAAAAUUGCCCCAUGCGAAAGGAACCCAUGUCGAAAUGGAGGAACCUGUCAGAAAGACGGUCAAGACUUCGACUGUAUCUGCUUGAAAGGUUUUUCUGGAAAAUUCUGUCAGGUUGGCCCGGAUGACUGCUAUGAAGGAAACGGUGAGUCCUACAGAGGGAGGGUAUCAGAGACAGAGGAUGGAGAAGAUUGUCUUUUCUGGAAUUAUUAUUUUCUCGUGACUAAAGGAACAAACCCCUUCACUACAUCUGACGACCAUUAUGGUUUGGGUCCUCACAACUUAUGCAGAAACCCAGAUGGCGAUUCAAAGCCAUGGUGCUUCAUACGAUCAGGAAAUAAGAUAAGAUGGGAUCAUUGUAAUGUGAGGAAAUGUCCUACUGAUCCCACUACCACUGCCUCUCCGACACUGAAGCCCACUAUAAACCCCAUACUACCGGAUUCUUCAGAAAGUCAAAUUACUGGAAGCAUUACAACAGGAUAUGGCACUACAACAUUAUAUGACACUGCAGAAACCCCCACAACAGCAAUAUAUGCUGCUGGAAGCACCAUAACAGGAAAUAAUGCCACUGGAAGCCUAAUCCAUAUAGGCGAUGAUAAUGGAGAACCUUCUCCAGUUAGUGAGGCUGAUGGAAGUAUAGGAAGCACCACACCAAAAACCCACACCCAAGAAAUGAUUACACAAGCUAUGACAGUAAAACCCACCAUCCUUCCACUGCAGACACAGUUUACAACAUGCGGCAAACCCCAACCAAAAAGCCCAAUACAUCGUAUUUACGGCGGUAUUAAGGCACUUCCUGGUGGCCAGCCAUGGCAGGCUUCAGUUCAGGUCAGAGCCAAAGGUUCAACUAUGCACUUCAGACAUGUAUGUGGAGGCACUCUCAUUAAACCAUGCUGGGUGCUGACUGCAGGACAUUGUAUUGACAACACCAAAGAUUUCCAGGUCGUUCUGGGAACUAUUGAUUUGGCGAAGCCUGAGACAUCACGGCAAACGCUGGAGGUUGUACAGACCAUUGUCCAUGAGCAAUACAGAGCGACACCUGAGUCGGUUUACAACGACAUCGCUCUGCUUAGGCUCAAAGCUAAAAAUGGCAAGUGUGCAGAGGAGAGCCAGUUUGUAAAGACAGCCUGCUUGCCGGCUGUAGAUUUUCAUGACGGAACCGAGUGCAGUAUCUCUGGAUGGGGAGCCACUUCUGAAUCACAACAUGGCUCCAGUCAGUUGCUGGAUGCUGACGUGUUGCUGAUUUCCCAGGACGUUUGCUCCAGCAUUAGAGUGUAUGGGAAAGACAUAGAUAACAAUAUGUUCUGUGCUGGUUACCUGGAGGGUGGUGUGGACUCGUGUCAGGGUGACUCUGGAGGGCCUUUGACCUGUGUGGAAAAUCAGGUGCACUAUAUCUACGGCAUCGUUAGCUGGGGUGACAAGUGUGGAUUGAAGAACAAGCCCGGGGUAUAUACUCGGGUCACAAACUUUGUGGACUGGAUCAACAGGAAAACAGCUACGGCGGGUGUAUGAAAUCUCGAAGUGUUAGAACAGUGUUGAUAAAAUAAAGACGGUAUUAGGUUUUAAAUAUGACAAAUUAAAUUAAAUGACAAAAAAAUUACGACAAAACUAAAGGGGCUAUGUUUUAAUUAAAUUCUCAGAAGAAUGUUCAUUGAGAACAUUGAGUUGUGAAAGUGAGUUGUCCUUCCAGAAACUGGUUAUCGGAACCAAAUAUAAAUAAAUAAACAAACAAAUAAACAAACAAAUAAACAAAUAAAUAAAUAAAUAAAAGUCUCAAAUAAAUGAACCAAA